AUCAUGGAGCCGAAAACCAGACGCCACUUACUCAUGCUGCUGACCACUGUCAUCGUCGUGACCUGCAUGGGCGUCAUGAUUCACUUUUCGGGCUUUGACCAUGAGUCGAUGACUGCGAAGAACAUCCUUCUGGCUGUAGUCAUAGUGCUGUUCUUCCAGAUGACGAUCGCCGACCCAAUAAAGUUCGUCAUUAUCGCUUUGGAGAUGUCCCUCUGGCCGCAUGCCAUGGCCAAAUAUCCGCUGUACCGCAAGGAGGAUGACAAUAUGAACAACUACAAUCGCUUGGAUUUUCUGAAGCUGCGCUUGCGGUCAAUGAAGUCGAAAAUGCGGAUCACCGAGCGCUACCGCAACGAGCAGCUGAAUCUCGAGUUUCGUAAUAUUGUUCACGACCUGUACCUCUAUGGCUCAUACUUUCUGGUGCUGACCGGGGUUGUCCUGGUCUCGCGCAACGAGCUGACCUACUACAAUACUGCCACGAUGAAUGAUCUCUUUAUGUUUAAUCGUUCGAUCUACGUUGGCCUCAACGAGGUCUAUCAUCUGAAUCAGCUGUUCGAUUUCAUACAGUCGUCGCUGGUCGAGGCAUUCAAACGGGGCGACGCCGCCGUGGGCAUCUCCAAAUGGACGCACAUCAGCCAGGCGAGGCUGCUGGGCGUUGUGCGGUUGCGCCAGCUCCGACUGGCGAAGGAGCAGUUCGGCUACGGGAGUCCCGAGUACACGGAACAGCCUUACAAGCCCGAUUGGCAGCUGCCAUAUCAGCAAUACCAUUAUGCGGACAAGUACUGGCGUGUCUACGAUCCCUGGGUGCCCAUGGUGCCAACCGAAUUCCUCGAGAAGCUUGUGCUCAACUUCAAUCACCAUGGCCAGGUGCACGACUAUCCCGAGCUGAAGGGCUAUGUGGCCUUGCUCGGUCGCGCCCAGCAGAACACCCAGAAGGUGCUUGAGUUUCUAUCCGACUACAAUUGGCUGACGUACAACACGAGCGCCGUCUUCAUGGACUUUACGCUCUACAACAUCGACGCCGACAUGUUCAGCGUGUGCACGCUGUGGGUGGAGCAGACGCCCUUCGGCGGCAUCAUACCCAACAUAUGCUGCGACAGCAUUCAACUGAUUGUGAAUACCUUGGAGAUAUCGUAUACGAGAUUGUUGAUUUUGCUCGUCUACCUGAUCACGUUCUUGGAGUUCAUUCAGGCGUUCAUCGUGAACAUUUGGUACGAGCCGUCAAAGCUGCGCAGCAUCUGGUUUAAGAUGGACGCGUUCAUCAUUGUGGUCAACAUAAUACUGAUUGCCGUCAUCUUAUGGCGGGCAUCGAUUGUGGCCUCAAUGCUGAAGAGGCUGGAGGGCGCCAAUAAGCUGGAGUUUCUUGACUUUCGCAUUCCGGGUCGCCUGUAUUUUCUGUGCAAUAUGCUCACCGGUUUCCUGAUCAGCGCUACCACGCUGCGCCUCUGGAAGGUGCUGCAGUUCGCCCGGGUGUUUCAGAUAUUCACACGAACCCUGUUCUCGGCGUGGAUGCCAUUGCUCAUCACGUGCUCGACCACUGUCAUCUUCUUGGGGGCGUUCGGCAUCGCCACAUGCGUCAUCAAUGGUAACAACAACUCGUACUUCAUGCAUGCGUUCACCAGUGUUGUCUCCAUCCUGUGCUUCUCGUUCGGCUUCAAGAGCGAGAUCCGACCCGAGGAUCUGUUCCACGGUGGCAAGUACCUGGGCGUUAUUCUGUAUGCGACCAUGGGGUUUGUGAUCGCGGUGCUCCUGAUGAACGUCUUCUCCAGUCUGAUGAACACGUAUUUCAUCGAAGCCAAGACUCUGGGCGAUGCCAAGUUCAAGGAGCAAAUCACAUUCUUUCAGUUCCUGCGCGUGGAGUUCGACAAUGCUUUUCGAAUCCUUGGCAGGAUGUUAUGCAUGGAAAAGUUUUACAAGCGCAACGGACGAACGGUCGCCGAGAAUGUGCAAAUCAUGCUGGACAAGCGCGAGCGAGAGAAUACCAACCCUCCCGCUGAGAAGGACGAGCACUUGCUUCAGGUCGAGUACAGGGAGCGCAUUGAACUGACGCUCUCCAUAUCGAGCGUUUUGAAAAUACAAAUGGAAAUACUGGAGAACUUACUGUUUGCCGAGAUCGAGGAGCAGAAAAAGAAGCACAAGAAACACAAACCAAAGGACAAAGAGCCGAACUCGCCCUAUGACAGCAUGGUAUGAGCAGGACUCGGCUCGGCUCG